AUGAUGUUGGGUACGGACAGUAGAGAUAAUUCAAUUUUCCUGGACAAGGCAUCUGAACAAAUUCAUCAACCAUAUGAGGUUGAAUCGGUGUGUCCAGAUUGUCACGAAAAUGGUAUCACAAAACUUAUCUGUGUUCGAAUACCGUACUAUCGGCAAGUAAUUGUAAUGUCAUUUAGCUGUGAACAUUGUGGGUGCAGAAAUAAUGAACUACAGAGUGCCGAAGCUGUACAAGAAUAUGGUACUGAAAUCGUACUUUCUGUAAAAGAACCGGUUGAUUUAAAUAGACAACUUGUGAAAUCCGAGUACGCUGAAAUUGAUAUACCAGAAUUAGAACUUGUUAUACCUUGCCUUUCCCAGCCAGGAGAAAUCACAACAGUAGAAGGUGUUCUUCAAAGGACAAAAAACGGUUUGCUGCAAGACCAGGAGAGGAGAAGGUCGACAGAUGCAGAAAAUGCGGAAAAAAUUGAAAAAUUUUUACAAAAAUUGGAUAAUUUGUUGGCUCUGAAGCAGCAGUUUACUCUAAAGCUGAAAGAUGCUAGUGGCAACUGUUUCAUCCAAAAUCCAGAUCCAUUUCACGUUGAUCCACGUUGCAUAACUGUUCAUUACACCAGAACGUUGUUGGAAAAUAAAAUGCUCGGCCUUGUAGACGAUGAGCAAAUAGAGGAGAAUCCAGCACCAGAGUGGAAGUCUUUUGAAGAUGCAAAGCAGGAGGUUUUGCGGUUCCCAACGGAUUGUCCAAACUGUGGAGCGCCUACAGAAACAUGCAUGAAGCCUACAGACAUACCGUAUUUCUCCACUGUUAUCAUUAUGUCGACAACAUGCGAUGUCUGUGGACUGCGUACGAACGAAGUAAAGAGUGGUAGUGCAAUAAGAAAUUUUGGCUGUCGACUGACUGUUUUUGUCGAAAAAGAUGUCGAUCUUGCUCGGGAUGUCUUGAAGUCCGACUCAUGUCGUGUAAAAGUGCCAGAGUUGGACUUAGAGGUGGGGCCUGCAGCACUCUCGGCAAGGUUUACGACAAUUGAAGGACUUUUGCUAGCUACAAGAGACCAGCUUAAGAAAAGUAGUUGUUUCUUUUUUGGUGACAGUGCUACCGUUGAAGAGACACAAAGGAUGAAUAAUUUUUUCAAUAGGUUCGAAGAUGUUCUAAGCUUAAAAAGUCCAGCACAUGUUGUGCUUGACGAUCCUGCGGGAAACAGUUAUAUCCAGAGCUUGACAGCCCCUUUUGAUGACCCAAGACUGGAAAAGGAAUUUUAUAAACGGAAUUAUGAGCAGGAUGAUGAGUUGGGUUUAAACGAUAUGAAAACCGAGAAUUACGGUGAACUGGAGGUUUUGAAGGAAGAGGAUGAGAACGACACUUAA